CUCCUACUCGACACCAACCUCGAAGUGGAAUCCUGGACUCGCUUGCCUUACCUCUCUAAACUUGAAUAACUCACAUGGAGGCUUGGCUGUGAUAUGGGAAUCUCUGGUCUACUUCCUCUAUUGAAGGACAUUCAGGUCACUCGGCCACUCUCCGACUUCGCGGGACAGACCAUUGCCGUGGACGCGUACGUCUGGCUGCAUAAAGGGACAUACGGAUGUGCCGCGGAGCUUGCUACGGGGAGGAGAACACACAAAUAUGUCGAUUAUGCCAUGCAUCGCGUGCGCCUGCUGCGACAUCAUCGCAUACAGCCAUACGUCGUAUUCGACGGUGGGCCGCUUCCAGCGAAGCAAGGGACCGAGUCGGAGCGCAAGAAACGUCGAGAUGAGAACCUCGCACGCGCGAACGCAUUCGCAGCGCAGGGCAAGCACACCCAAGCCCGAGAGUACUACGUGAAGUGUAUCGACGUUACGCCUCAGAUGGCAUAUCAGCUUAUCAAGGCAUUGCGGGCGGAGGGCAUCCCCUACGUGGUUGCGCCGUAUGAAGCCGAUGCACAGCUUGCGUAUCUGGAGCGCAUCGGUGUCGUCGACGGCGUAAUCACGGAGGAUUCUGACCUUCUCGUGUUCGGGUGCAGGAAGGUGCUCUUGAAAUUAGACGUCGUUGAGAGCGUCGUCACGUGCAUCUCUCGCGGGGACUUUGGGUCCGCCGGGGCCGCCGGCGGGAUGCCCCUUCUAGGCUGGUCGGAUGCCCAAUUUCGGCGAAUGGCUAUCCUUAGCGGCUGCGACUACCUGGCGAGCAUACCGGGCGUCGGGUUGAAGACAGCAUGGUCGCUUUUACGAAAGCAUAAGACCGUGGAGAAUGCGGUACGAAUGUUGAUGUUGGAAGGGAAGAAGAAGGUGCCGGAUGGGUACCUGGAUGCCUUCAAGUUAGCAGAGCGCGUAUUCUUGUAUCAACGGGUGUACGAUCCGAGGCAGAAGCGUCUGGUCCAUCUAACGGAACCGGCGGAAGGCGAACGGUUGGAUGCUGAGACUGACGCGUACGUCGGAAGUGACAUCGAGCCAGCUUUAGCCAAACAGGUAGCGGAAGGCGACGCAUGCCCGAUUAGUCUGCUGCCUAUGGAUGAUAUCAAUGCAACGUUCGUGCCUCGCGCGCUGAAGACCAUUCCGCUGAACGUGAAGGACGCAAGGAUGCCAGGUGGUGGAAAGGCUACCGGAAGCCGCCAGAACGUUGGGAAAGGAACGGUUGGCAUUUUGAGUUUCUUCAAACCACGCGCAGAAGGCAGUAGUGGACAACAGACCGCCACCUCGCACGCUCCGGGACAUUCCAUAACGGCAGGGCGGGCGAGCGGGAAGCGGACAUUAGCGGAAGUGAUGGACCACGAUAUCGCUGUGAAACGAAAGAAGCAAGAGGGGGCACAGCGUGAAGGUCCUUCGAGGGAAGUCAGGAACUCGAAGUUCUUUGACGUCCGUCAAUCGUCAUUUGGAGGGGAGGACGAAGACGCGAUCGCUAGCGAGGAACCCGACUAUCCCGUUGCAGGCCCAUCUCGCAUCACGCUAGACGCAGGCAAGGACAAGGAAAACGUCCCGUGUGCAGACGAUGACGAAGUCUUCAUGGAAGACGCGGGUGCAGUAGAACAGGAGGACGGCUACAUCUCGCCAUCGCCUUCUAUGAGACGAUGGGAUAGUCCUGAGGUCUCGUCACCGCUGAGGGUCCGGUCCGGGGCUCAGCUUGAUGUGGAAGAAGAAGAAGACUUCGGAGCGGACAUCCUGUCGAGCCCCCCUGUCGCUGCACGACAAACCAGGUUUUCAAUGAACAUGGAUGCGGCUAGAGCGACGUCUGUGGUCUCCCAUGACGGUGGCAUUGUCUUAGUCCCAAACACGCCAUCCAAAAGAGAACGCAGGAGGCGAGGUCAUCAUGCCCGGAAUGACGGCGCUGGACCCGAUCUUCAACACAUUCUUGGGGAAUGUGACUGGGAGUGGGACGACAGGACAAGUGACAUUGAAUGUUCUGGCCCGCUGGACCCCUCACCCAGCAGUGCGAGUACCUCGUCGGGACCCGUGACACCGAGUGAUAUCCCGUCGCAAGGCGAAGCAGACGCGUGCGCGCAGGCACUCACGGAGGCGGAAGACACGGACGAGGUGACAAAUUCACAGAAUGCAGCUGCUCGCCAUGCCAAAGUCGCGCACGGUUGGUGGGAAAGGUGGGGUCGCGGUGCGAGGUCGCCUGCCGUUGCUCCACCCCAAACGCCACUGAAACGAAGGGAGACCACCAUUACGCCCGAGGGCCGCCAUCGACCGUUGCAACAGCGUCGGCCACAAUCUGCUACAAAUAAUUCCAAGCACAAAGGCAAACAGCAGAAUCUACAUUCAGCGGGCAGAAGGCGAAGUUUGGUAUUUACCGAGACGGUGAAGAAAACACCUAGAGGUGGACUUCUUCGUGGUACCUCUUCGCGGCCCGAUACAGCGAAUUCGGAGCAGGGAGAGGAUAGUGCCGGUGCGAGUCGGAAUAGAUUCGCCGAGUUCAGGUGGGCGGGUGUUGAAGAUUCGGUCGGUCCGUGCAGGAUCUGAUAUUGGUGGUAUCGUCGCUCUGGGAAACUAUCGACGGAAGAUUCGUGCACGUUACGUGGUGUGAUUGGUCCAUUCUCCCUUAUUCGCAUUGCUAUCGAUUGCAUCUAAUGACAUCGCACCUUCUGGGCACGCGUAAGGGCGACAGCAGG